AUGUGGGGUCUUCUACUAACAUGUUCUAUCUUUAGCAUGUGGUUUGGUAUGAUUCUACCUGUGCUAGAAGUAUUCAUUGGCAUUGUUCAUGUGCUUGGGUUUUUUGCAUUCCUCAUACCUAUGGUCUAUCUUGGCCCUCGCGCAGACGCAAGAUCAGUAUUUAUCCAAACUUUCAACUUUGGCGGUUGGUCCGAUGUCACGAUGGCAGCCUUUGUUGGUCUUAAAGGAACGAUCUCCAUGUUUCUCGGUACGGACGGUGUUGUACAUAUGGCGGAAGAAGUGGCUAAUAGCAGUCUUGUGGUACCACAAUCCAUGCUAUUCGCUAUCGUCAUCAACGGAAUCCUCGGCUUCGCGAUGAUGAUCGCUUUUCUAUUUACAGCGGGAGAUCUGUCGGCAAUUGUGAAAUCACAAGCGACAUACCCCUUCAUGCAAAUUAUUCAAAAUUCUACCGGGAGUCAGGGAGCUGCGAUAGUACUUUCAACUUUGAUGGCUGUCAUGUCAGUAUGUUGUGGACUAGGUGGUAUCUCAUCCGGAAGUCGAAUGCUGUGGGCCUUUUCGAGGGAACGAGCUAUUCCAGGUUGGCGAUGGGUAUAUCAGCUUGAUCAACGAACCGCAGUACCUUUUCACAGUACUGUCAUCAUUGUCGUCACUGCAGGUCUGGUCGGUCUCAUCAAUAUCGGAUCUUCUGAAGUGCUAAGUAUAGUCUUAUCGUUGACUAUGGAGGCUUUCUUUUUCUCAUAUAUUAUGCCGUUGUCACUACUGCUGUAUAGAAGAAUCAAGGGUGACAUCCGUGAGCCUGGUCAGGACCCAAAUAAGGGACUUACCUGGGGUCCCUUUCGGGUACGAGGUCUGCUGGGAAUAUUGAACAAUAUCGUGGCACUGGUAUUCUGUUCAGUCGCCGUUAUUUUUGGGUUCUGGCCUAAUGAAAAUCACCCUCCGCUCUCUAAGAUGAAUUGGAGCUCGGUCAUAUUUAUCUCAGCGGUGAUUCUUGCCGUAUUCUAUUAUCUCGGAUGGGGUCGGAAACAUUAUAUGGGACCAGUGAUGGAGGUUCAAGUCGAGGAAAGGCGCUUGGAGCCUAGAUAG